AUGGCGGCUGGAGUGGCAGCCUGGUUACCCUUCGCGCGUGCCGCGGCUAUAGGAUGGAUGCCGGUCGCGAGCGCUCCGAUGCCCGCUCCACCACGGGACAAGAGGCGCGCGCAGGACGGCCUGAUCAUCCUAAAUGUGAGUGGCACCAAGUUUCAGACGUGGCGGAACACGUUGGAGCGCUACCCGGACACACUCCUGGGCAGCACAGAGCGCGACUUCUUUUACCACGAGGAGACCAAUGAGUACUUCUUCGACCGUGACCCGGACAUCUUCCGGCACAUUUUGAAUUUUUACCGCACCGGGAAGCUGCACUACCCGCGCCAUGAGUGCAUCUCUGCGUACGAUGAGGAACUCGCCUUCUUCGGGAUCAUCCCUGAGAUUAUUGGAGACUGCUGCUAUGAAGAGUAUAAAGACCGACGGAGAGAGAACGCAGAGCGGAUUCAGGACGACGAAGACACCGAUAACAGUAACGACCUCGCGCUGCCGGACAUGACCUUCCGUGAAUCCAUGUGGCGCGCUUUCGAGAACCCUCACACCAGCACCAUGGCCUUGGUGUUCUACUACGUGACGGGUUUCUUCAUCGCCGUGUCGGUCAUGGCCAACGUGGUGGAGACGGUGCCGUGCGGCAUGACCUCGAGCCGGAAUAAGGAAUCAUCCUGCGGUGAGCGUUACGCGCUCGCCUUCUUCUGCCUGGACACGGCCUGCGUCAUGAUCUUCACCGUCGAGUACCUGUUGCGCCUGAUCGCCGCACCCAGCAGGUACAAGUUUGUCAAGAGCGUGAUGAGUAUCAUCGACGUGGUGGCCAUCAUGCCUUACUACAUCGGCUUGGUCAUGACGGACAACGAGGACGUCAGCGGCGCCUUCGUCACCCUCAGGGUCUUCAGAGUGUUUCGGAUUUUCAAGUUCUCGCGCCACUCGGCCGGCCUGCGCAUUUUGGGCUACACUCUGAAGAGCUGCGCCUCCGAGCUAGGAUUCCUCCUCUUCUCCCUCACCAUGGCCAUCAUCAUCUUCGCCACUGUUAUGUUCUACGCAGAGAAAGGCUCCAACGCGAGCAAGUUCACCAGCAUCCCAGCGGCCUUCUGGUACACCAUCGUCACCAUGACCACUCUGGGGUAUGGAGACAUGGUCCCAAAGACAAUAAUGGGCAAGAUUUUUGGCUCCAUCUGCUCCCUCAGUGGUGUGUUAGUGAUCGCUCUGCCUGUGCCUGUCAUCGUGUCUAACUUCAGCCGCAUUUACCAUCAGAGUCAGCGUGCAGAGAAACGCCGUGCCCAAAAGAAAACCAGGCUUGCUAGAAUUCGCGCCACGAAGAGCUGGGGUGCUAACGCUUAUUUGCAGUACAAACGCAAUGGGCUGCUGGGCGACGCCGAGGAGGAGUCCAAAGACAUGCAGGCACUGGUUUGCAAGACUAACCCCAUAUUUGAGACUCAGCAUCACCACCUCCUACACUGCCUGGAAAAGACGACGAAUCACGAGUUUGUCGAUGAGAAUACAUACGAGACAAGUUGCAUGGAGGUGUCCAUGGUGAAGCCGUCCACCUCGCGCUCGUCCUCCCUGUCCUCCUCUCCUCACGGCCUGACCUGUUGUUCACGCCGCAGCAAGCGCAAGAGCUUCAACGUACCCAACUCCAACAUGGCUGCCGGCCGCCGGGGCAGCGUGCAGGAGCUCAGCACCAUCCAGAUCAGAGAGAGGCCGCUCAGCAACAGCCGCUCCAGUCUGAAUGCUAAAUUCGAGGAGACGAUGCCGUUGAACUCGGAGCAACAGCCCUACAUCACGGCAGCGGUCAUCAGCGUGCCGACUCCGCCCAUCACCACGCCAGAGGGCAGAGAUUCGGCCAGUUCGCCUGACUUCUUGCAGAGCAACAUUGUCCGCGUAUCAGCUCUAUAG